AUGGCCGAGUCCGGAUCGGCCGAGCCCCAGCCCCGUCUGGACGGCCUCGGCGUCUUCUGGAUCGUCUUCGCCCUCUUGUGGACGCUCGUCGUCGCCGGCGGAAUGACCUACCUGUACCGCCGCCGCGACAUGCCCAUGCUGCGGAUCCGCGGCCUGCCGCUGUCGUUUAGUGCCAUCGUCCUGCUGCAUCUCUACUGGGGCGCCGUGCAAACGGGCUACUGCUACGGCCCUAUUUGGCCGUCGUGGGUUGAGUUCUGGAUCAUGAACAUCUGGCUCCCCUUUGGCAUCGCCCUGUUCCACGCUUCCAACAGCCGCUUCCUGCACGUUGCGAACUCGCAAAAGAAGCGCUUCGCCGAGGAGCAGGACAUGAAGCCUCUCAAGAUAGACCGGGCCAAGCCUACGACUCUCCUUGGCCGCUUCCGUGCCCUCGAUUACACCCGCAAGAUCCUGCUCUUGGUCGGCACUGGCAUGGCCUUUCAGCUUUUCCUUACCGUUUUCAUGUUUCUUGUCUCGCGAAAGUUCCACCACUCCUUUGGUAUCCCGGGAACUGAAGUUACCGGCACAGAGUCACAGCAAAAGUCCCAGAUCUCCCGAGGAUGGGAAUGGUGGCCUUCGGUCUUUUGGCAGUUCUUCUGGGCGUGGCUCAUCGCACCCGUCAUUCUCUGGAAGGCCCGCGGUAUCAACGACACGCAGGGAUGGAGAUUCCAGACAAUCGCUUGCUGUCUUGCCAACCUUCACGCUACUCCCAUGUGGCUCGUCGCCCUGUACGUCCCAGCCAUGGCCCCGGUCAACGACGUCUGGAUUCCUCCGCAAUGGAUUGCCAUCUCCAUUAUGCUGCUCGAGAUAUUCACCAUCUUCUUUCCAUGCUGGGAAGUGAUGAGGCACCAGAAUCUACGACAGGAAACCCUCGACUCCAUUGCGCAAUGGGAGCUGAACAACAAAGGUCUCGGCAAAAGCUCCCGAUCAGUCGCCACUGGUUCCACGACGAUGGCUGGCUCGGUCCUCACUGCCUGGAGCAAGGACGGCUCCGUCAAGACCAACUCGGGUGAGAGCAUCCUCACCAUGGGCGCGCUCGAGUACGUCCUCGAGCGCAACCCGGAGCCGCUGCAGAAGUUCUCUGCCCUGCGGGACUUUUCCGGCGAGAACAUUGCCUUCUUGAGGAGCGUCGCCGAGUGGAAGUCCUCGCUGCCGCCGUCGGCUCAGGGUCCGGAGAAGAGCCAAGACAGCGUCACGCAGCAGCUCGUGCGUGAGCGCUUCAACAGUGCGCUCCGCAUCUACACCAGCUUCAUCAGCUCGCGCGACGCCGAGUUCCAGGUCAACCUCUCGUCGUCCGACCUCAAGAAGCUCGAGUGCAUCUUUGAGAACUCGGCGCGCAUCCUGUACGGCGACAAGCAGGAGGUUGACCCGGCAACCCCCUUCGACGCCUUCGGGGGCCCGGCCAAGGUUGAGUCGUCGUCGGCUUCCUCCAACGGCUCAGAGGUGGCCAUCAUCUCCGACUCCUCCUCGGGCCACAUCGGCGACAUGGCGCUGUACUGGGGCGAGAUCCCCGACGAGUUUGACGAGACCGUCUUUGACGACUCCGAGGCCAGCAUCAAGUAUCUUGUCUUGACUAACACCUGGCCGAAGUUCGUCAAGGACAGGCGGCUAUCUCUCGACUCGGAUGACAGCGUCGAGUCGGGCAACAAUGUUCUCCCAACAGCUAAUUGA